GGCACUUCGGCUGUCGUCACUGUGUUGUUGCGGAAGUGCCGGUAAACGUUUUUCUGACAGCGUUUUUAAUCUCCCAGAGCAGAUAUCUUUGUGUCUGUUGGUGUGCUUGUAACUGCACCGUUUCCGUGGGGACCUUGAGCAAUGGCAGCUCUGAAAUAUGCUGGCAUGGACGACACCGACAGUGAGGAUGAGUUACCUCCUGGAUGGGAGGAGAGAUCUACGAAAGAUGGUUGGGUUUACUACGCAAACCAUGAGGAAAUGAAGACACAGUGGGAACAUCCCAAAACUGGAAAGAAAAAACGCUGUGCUGGAGAUUUACCAUAUGGUUGGGAACAGGAGACUGAUGAAAAAGGACGGGUGAUUUUUGUUGAUCACAUUAACAAGCGGACCACCUAUUUUGACCCACGCCAGGCGUUUACCGUGGAAGAUGUGAUGGUGAAGCCAAAGCGGUAUGAUGGAAACACUGCUGCUCUAGAAAUUCUUCAAGGUCGUGACCUCUCUGACAAAGUUGUCCUUGUCACUGGAGGCAACUCUGGUAUUGGCUUCGAGACGGCCAGGUCUUUUGCUCUUCACGGGGCCCAUGUGAUCCUGGCAUGUCGAAACCUGUCCCGGGCCAGCAAGGCAGUUAGCCUCAUAGAGCAGGAAUGGCACAAAGCAAGAGUAGAAGCCAUGAUAUGUGACCUAGCUUCUUUCCGCAGCAUCAGGGAGUUUGCAGAGUCUUUCAAGGCCAAGAAGCUACCCUUGCACAUUCUAGUGUGCAAUGCUGCUGUGUGCAGUCAGCCCUGGAGUCUGACAGAAGACGGUCUUGAGUCCACCUUCCAGAUUUGCCAUCUUGGUCACUUCCUCCUUGUGCAGUGUCUUCAGGACGUCCUGCGUCGUUCAGCUCCUGCCAGGGUUGUAGUUGUGUCCUCAGAGUCCCACAGGUUCACGGACCUGUUAGACUCAUGUGGAAAGGUGGAUCUGGCCUUGCUCUCUCCACCGAAGAAGGAGUACUGGUCCAUGCUGGCCUACAACCGCGCCAAACUCUGCAACAUCCUCUUCAGCAACGAGCUUCACCGGCGUCUUUCGCCUUAUGGUGUCACUUCCAACGCAGUGCAUCCUGGGAACAUGAUGUACACCUCCAUUCAUAAGAGCUGGUGGCUGAUGACCUUUUUGUUUACUCUGGCCAGACCAUUCACCAAGUCUAUGCAACAAGGUGCUGCCACCACGGUAUACUGCGCAGUGGCCCCAGAGCUGGAGGGUUUAGGCGGCAUGUACUUCAACAACUGCUUCCGCUGCCAGCCGUCCGCCCAGGCCCAGGAUCACAGCAGCGCUGCCAGCCUGUGGGAGCUGAGUGAGCGCCUGGUUGCAGAGCGAUCAGUCGGGAUUCAGUCCCUCUAACAGACUGAAAUCCAGGAUGGUGUGGGGAAGAAGUUAAAGAGGAAGCGGUUGAGGUUGAUUUGGGGGUGAACUUAAUAAAAGAUUUUCACUACAGUACACAAAAACAGCCAAAUGACUGAGGUCUGCGUGGAUGUGUCACUUCACUGUGGGACUAAAACAUACAGUGACAGUAGGGAGGAUGUUUAAUUAACAGCUUACGUUUAGUUGCUUAACUCUCUUUUGUUACUUUACAGUAGAAAAUAGAGAACUUGGAAAGAAUAGUUUAUUUCUUUUUGCUUAUAACCCUCUGACCGCACAAAGUUUAUGAGUAACCAUACACUCGGAUUGCAGCUAUGGCGUGCUAUAUAAGUAAAAUUGACUUCCAAAUUAUUGUCUCUUUUCAGUGUCAUUUUGGCUACUUUUGUGCAGACUUUUCUGCUGAGAUGUGAAGUUGAACUGUUCGAGUUAAAGAAAUAAAAAGUACUGAGCAUAGAACCCUCACGAAUAUAUAAACACGCUAGAGGUAUGUGUCUUAUGACUAUUUACAUUAUUCUGCAAUAAUGUAUCUUUAUCAGUGUCCCUACUUGUUAUCUGUACAUUAUUUACAUCCACCUGAUUUGUAGGGGGCAUCCUAAUUUUCUUCUUGCUAUGAUCAAACUAGAGUUUACUAAAUCUGAAUUACAAUUUGGAGAUUUAUGGAAUGAUAUUUCACCAUUAUGUAAGAGUCCUAUUUACAAACACCAGGUUCUUUCAUUUUCUCUGUGUCUUCUCUUGCUGUCUGUUGUUUUGUUUUGAAAUUGUAAUCUUUAGUAUUGAGCCUCUUUAUUUGGGUUGGGUUGUCCUGAAGCCGCUGGGUGGGCGGGUUGCUUUUGAGACAUUGUGCUUCAUGGCAGUCCGGGUGCCGUAGGUUGUUCAAGAAACAGCAUUCCAGUGUCAUAAUAUCUGUAAUAAAAAAAAAAAGAAAGGGAAAAAAUAAACAUUUGAAAACAUUCAAUAAGA